AUGCCAGGAAUGUCAAAUGGCGACCAUUCAAAACAUGUCCUUAUUGUUUUGGAGGAAGGUGGUCAGCUCAUCCACGCUUUCUGUCUGGCUAGUCAGGAUCAAGGGGUACUAACUCAACGUCAUCCUCAAGCUUCCAACCCUUUUCAAGGGAGUCUUCCGGGCGGAUUCCCUCAUCUCGAUCCUUCUCAUUUGGGUUCAGGCGUGAGCCGAUCUGCACUUCUUUGUCUGGCUGGUCAGGAUCAAGGGGUACUAACUCAACGUCAUCCUCAGGCUUCCAACCCUUUUCAGGGGAAUUUUCCAGGCGGAUUCCCUCAUCUUGAUCCUGGCUCCUUAAUUGCUAUUAGAAGAAACUUGAUAAGCCUUGUCAGAUAUUUCAAGGAUGGAACCAAUACAGGGCUCAUCUAUGAAUACAUGGACAAUAGAAACUUACGCGAGCAUCUUUCAGAUAACAGUUGGGCAGGCAGACUUCGACUUGCAAUGGACGCAGCGCAUGGAUUGGAGUAUCUUCACUAUUGUUGCAAACCUCCUAUAAUCCACAGAGAUGUGAAAUCUACAAAUAUCUUGUUGAAUGAAAACUUUCAAGCCAAACUAUCUGACUUUGGCCUAUCUAGAAUUUUCUCUGCUGAAGAUGGGACUCAUGAGUGCCUUGACCCCGACUUUGGGAUUGUGCUGUUGGAGAUUAUCAUAAGUCGACCUGUUUCAUCAAUGAUACAUGAGGAACUGUACAUUUGUCAAUGGGUUAGUUUCAUGAUUGAGAAAGGGGACGUCAAAAUUAUAGUUGAUCCAUGGCUAAACGGAAACUUUGACAGCAACUCCGUCUGGAAAGCUGUUGAAAUAGCCUUGGCCUUGGCAGUAGAGUUGGCUUGGAAAAACCGCGACACUGAAUCAGAAGAUUCAAUUGAAAUGAGGCCAGUAAAAUUCACCACUGAGAUGAGACCCUUAGCUAGAUAG